AUGGAAAAUCGUUGGAAUUCAACAUACCGGAUGCUUGGUGAUGGCCUCGAGGCUAAAGCUCAAAUUCAAUCAAUUCACAGUGGUUGGGAACGUCCAUUUCAGAUUCAUCGCAUACUUACUAAGUUCAAUGAACUUACAUUACUUGUGUCAAAACGGAGACCACAAAUCAGUCUUGCUAUCCCAGUCUAUUUUGAACUUCAUGAUCUACUGUCUGAAGGUUCAGAAUCACAAGGGUGCUUCAAGGAAUUAGAUCCUGAUAUUGCUUUUGCACUGGAAAAAGGGUCUAAAAAGUAUAUGAAGUAUUAUACGUUUAUGGAUGAAUCUGAGAUAUACUACGCUGCAUUGAUUCUAGAUCCCAAGGUUAAAGGAGAUCUCAUUCUAAAAGUGUUAGAGGGUAAGGAAGCUGGCGAUCUAAUUCUUCAAGCUACUCGUGAUCGUUUAUAUCAAAAUACCCACCUUCAAAUCACUCCCGAUCUUACUCAUACCAAUGUCGAAUCUCGAAUGCUACAACGGUUAGAACCUGAAUCCAUCAUUACCUGUUAUAUUUGA